AUGGAAGAUGAGGUGAUUCUGUUGAAUUUCUGGCUUAGCCCUUAUGGGAUGAGGGUCCGGAUUGCGCUAGAGGAAAAGGGCAUCAAGUAUGAGAACAGAGUAGAGGACUUCAGCAACAAGAGCUCUUUACUCCUACAAAUGAACCCAAUUCAUAAGAAAAUACCAGUCGUCAUUCACAAUGGCAAACCCAUCUGUGAGUCACUCGUUACUAUUGAGUAUAUAGAUGAGGUUUGGAAUCACCAAUCUCCACUGUUGCCUUCUGAUCCUUACCAGAGAUCCCAAGCUAGAUUCUGGGCUAAUUACAUUGACACUAAGAUAUAUGUGCACGGUUGCCAUCAAAUUCUGGAAAACUGAAGAAGGGGAGGAGAAAGAAGCUGCUAAGAAAGAGUUGUUUGAGCAUCUUAAAUUGCUGGAAGAACAGCUGGGAGACAAACCCUUUUUUGGUGGAGAGAACCUUGGUUUUGUGGAUGUGGCACUUGUUCCUUUGUUUUGUUGGUUAUAUACCAAUGCUUUAAGUGGAACUUUCAUGGACGAAAACCAGUAUCCCAAUAUCAUUGCUUGGGCCAAGAGGUGCACUGAUAAAGAGAGUGUGUCCAAGUCUUUUCCAGAUGAGAACACGAUCAAACGUUUUGCUGAAGAGAGACGUCUUUUACGUCAAGGAGAAUAGAGGCAGAAUGAUAGAAUAAGAUUGCCUCUAAGUACUUAGCUGAAGUAUGUUCUCAAUAAUGGCAUAUGACCAAACCGCACUUAGAUGUGCCCUUGGUUUUGCUACUUAUAUUUCUCUUAGUGCAUGUUUGGAAUAAAGUGAAAAAUUACGGUGGGUUGAAGCAGUUUCUCUUAACUUUUGUGGCUACUCAUUGUGAUUUUGACUUCAGCGUGAUUUUUUGCCCUAUAU